UUUAAUGAAACCCAAAAGCCUCCUCCUCCUUCAGCCCAUCUCAACUCCUCCGAUUUGUACACGUGCUGCUGUUGCUGCUGUUGCUGCUACUGCCGCCGCCUCUGCUGCUUCUGCUUCGUCGUCCUCUGACAAUCAUUUAUUCGCACUCAACAGCCACUCCCAAGAUGCUUUCGGGGCUACGCAGGGCGGCCGUGGAGACGGCGAGGAAGGCGCGGGCGGCUCCCCCGCUGCCCACGGCCGUCAUGUCCGUGCGCUUCCAGAGUUGGUCCCCGCGGCAGAUCAACCCGGACGCCAACUUCCACUCGGCGUCUUUCUCCGAGGAGGAUCACCCCCGCGUGCUCAUCACCGGUGGCUUGGGCCAGCUCGGCCUUGGCUUCGCAAAACUGCUCAGGCAACGAUUUGGAAAAAACAAUGUCAUCCUGUCUGACAUCCGGAAGCCACCAAAUGACGUGUUUGCAAACGGUCCUUUCAUCUACGCGGACAUCCUGGACUACAAGAACCUGCGCGAGAUCGUGGUCAACAACCGCAUCACCUGGCUCAUCCACUACAGUGCCCUGCUCAGCGCCAUAGGGGAGGCCAACGUGGUCCUCGCACGCAACGUGAACAUCACUGGGCUGCACAAUGUGCUGGACAUCGCGGCAGAGAAUGGACUCAAGCUGUUUGUGCCCAGCACCAUCGGGGCCUUCGGCCCGACGUCCCCACGUGACCACACGCCCGACCUGUGUGUGCAGCGCCCGCGGACCAUAUAUGGCGUGUCGAAGGUGCAUGCGGAGCUCAUGGGAGAGUACUACCAUCACAAAUACGGGCUGGACUUCCGCAGUCUGCGCUACCCGGGCAUCAUCUCGGCAGACACCCAGCCUGGGGGAGGCACUACUGACUACGCCGUGCAGAUCUUCCACGACGCCGUGAAGUCGGGCUCCUUCGAGUGCUUCCUGCAGCCCGAGACUCGGCUGCCCAUGAUGUACGUGGACGACUGCCUGCGAGCCACGCUCGAGUUCCUCGAGACGCCCGGCGACUCCCUGUCCAUGCGCACCUACAACAUCAGCGCCAUGAGCUUUUGCCCUGAGGAGCUGGUGGCUGAGGUGCGCAAGUACGUGCCUCACCUGCGUGUGGAGUACAAGCCCGACACCAUGCGCCAGGCCAUCGCGGACAGCUGGCCCAUGAGCUUUGACGACCGUAACGCCCGGCAAGACUGGGGCUGGAAGCACGAUGUGGACCUGCCCGAGCUGGUGUCCACGAUGAUGACGAUGUUGAGCGGCGAGCAUCAGCGUGCAGUUGCUGAAGCCAACUAACCCCCACCCCCGCACUACUCCUCCACCCCUCCCCCAAGCACCUUGCAGACGGGAACCUCCGUCUUGUGUCCAGCAUUCCAAUAGUAACGUCUUUGUUUUUAAAUGCGGUGUUGUCCCGUUGUCGUAUUCGUGUCACACUCAUCCACCGCCCGAUGAUAGGCCCAUUGGCAAUAAUAGUUCACAAUGGUGUGUUUUGUUUGAAACAGGAAAUUAAAUAUAGGCCCAUUGAGACUUGCAUUGUCUCUUUUCAAAGGGUAAUAAUGUAGAAUGCAACAGAAUAAAAAAAAUAACUCGAUAGAACAUUGUCCUUGGUAGCCUAUUGAUGAUGGUGACAAUGGUGUAACUAGGAAUAGCAACAUUUAAUAAAUAUUGACAACAUUGUACACCUCAUCCACCACCUGGAAUUAAGAGCUGACACGCGUGUAUCCGGUGUUUUAAUGUUCUUCCCAGCUUAGCACCGAUUUGUGGCAGGGAAGACAUUGCUUCACUGCACAGUCAGGUGCAGCAGGGUUAUCUGGAUCGAUUUGGUGGAUAUGUGGCAAGGAAAUUAUAUGAAUGUAAAAAGCUAAGAAUCCACAGUAAUCCAGUUUUAGGAGAGGCCCUGCUUGCAACAUUACACUACGCAGAGAGCUGAACAGCUUUGUAAAUCACACAUUGAGCCGAUUUCGUACUUGAAUUGUGCUACGGCAAUUAUUUUGGUGAGAUGAACUUGUGCGAACGUGAUUUUCAUGAAAUGUGUAGCUGCCUUCAGGUGGCAGGCUUCAAGAAAGUUUGCUGCACCACCAUGCAUUUGCCGCUAAUGGUUGCGUUGUUGGUGACGGUUCAAUAUAUUGGUGGCCAUUGGUGUAACCUGAACUAGAGUGGUCACCACGACAUGCUUGUCGUAAAGUGGCUCUAUGGAAGCUGGAUGUAAUCACACCCCUUCGGAAUAAGUCCAGCGGUGCUUCUAUCCGGAGCAGCUUGCAUGUAUCAGAAGGUGCCCUUCUCUCCCUCGCGAGUGUAGCAUAAGCACGCGCUGCCUUGUCAGGGCUGUGCUUAUAUAAGGUGUGAUGCAUUGCUUUCACAGGAUGAGGUUUCAUCUUGCAUGGCACCCAUCCGGCAUUUGGGGAAAGGAAUUCCGAUCAUGAGGCUGCGUGCGUGGCUCGAUGCAAGGGCCAUAUUUUAAUGCGAUUCGCGUGUUUUGAAUGGGUACGGCUGACGUUUCUAAAUAAUAGACUUUCGUAAAAGCGCAUUUGUUUCCACAUCACCUUCAUGGCUCGCGGUAUUGCGUCACAAGGAAGGCAAUGUGGUAAGGCGUGCGUGUCGGCCAUUCGCAAACUACGGAUGUCACGAUGGCCCGUAAUGUGAGAGCGGCUGUGACGGUCCUGGGGAAACGUAGAGUCCAUCUACCGCCCGUACCCGUGGAAAUGGAACCACCUGGACUGGAAACACAUAGGACAGGCGUUUGAACUGGUGAAAGUAUAAAAUAAUAUACAGAGCUAAUGUACUUGGAAGGGAAAAUUAUCACAGAAUAGGUGGUUUUAUUUAAUACGGAGCAAAUCUGUGGGUUUGUUAAUAAUAGGAACAGUUGAUUGAACAUGCUAUAGUCGUCGAGAGUGCUUAUUAAAGUAAAACAAAUAUUUGAAUGCUGUUCGUGCUCUAUCAUAUUUGCACAUAGGGGUGACAUUAACGUUUUAAAACGAAAAACUUUAUUUUACUAGGUAAGGCCCACUGAGCUAUGUAGCUUAAUUUUCAGAAGCGACCUGGCCACAAAUGAUAGCUCAACAAAGUGGCUUAUCAUCCUGUGAAAAUGUAUAGCAGCCAAAUACUCUAAGCCAGUGGUUCUUAACCUGGGGUGCGAGAUGCCGUUUUUCUGAGAACCUGCCGCAAAGGUUAAGAACCACUGCUUUCAACGCAUGCUUUUAAAUAUGGAGGGGGCAAUUCGGACGAUCCAUGCGACCACGUGGAAAGAGCGACACGCAAACUCCAAAUUUCCAAACGUCAAGGUCGGGAUCGAGCCCACGACCUCCUGUGUACCAAGACUCCAUGGAGUUAGGUUAUCGGGAAGAAGUGGUUGGUCGGUGGCAGAGGUGACACCACGCAUUGGCAACUAACGAUCAAGGAAGCAGCAUUUCUCAACUGAUUUGCUUGCCACGUUAUGGGGGCAUUUUGUUCGACUACCUUACUCGGAUUACAGAGUGCUUUUCUAUUGACGGUUAAGAGUUAUUCGUCUUUUUUAAAUGAAUGCUCAUUAAUGUUUGCUUCAUUAAUAACCUCUCCAGGGUGUCCUCGAGAGCUCCCAGUAGUGGCGUGAGCAAGCAAUUUAUCUAAGUUAAGUGGGCAGCAGUAUUCGUUACAAAAAAAGUGACUUGCUCUAAUAAGGACAUCUUAGCUAUAAUCGCGUAGCAAACCUAUGUCCUGUGUCAAGGGAUUUCUGAGUGUUCCACCCCCUUGGCUGCAGUGCUGUUUUAGCUUGUUGCUUUCGUGCCCUAUCGAUGGCUCGCAUUAAUUUACAUAUACAUUUAAGAAUAAAAGAUAAAAUAAGUGCCUUUUUUUACUUUCAAUGGAAACUCAAUUUCCUCCGAUCCCCUCCCCAACCAUCUCCGUGGAGACUAGGGUUGAACCGUGCUGGGUUUGUUGGGGUGCUUUUUCGAAGAAGCUUGGAGUCACGCUUGAUGUCGCCACUUUCUGAUACCGACGCUGGAAACUCGAAUUGCACGAACUGCUAAGCGUAUGAUGCCAAAUCGGCGAGUCAAAAUUGUCACCCCCUUCCAGAUGUUAAUAUUACUGACAUCCCUGAGCUGACUGCAUCAUGAAUUAAAGAAUGUCCACGACAAGUUGUAGUUGCCAUAAUUGUCUGUUUUAAUUAAGGCGUGUGCCAAAAUAGCAUUUGGUUAAGUAACUAACAUAUUUGGAGUAAAAUAUUUAAGCGGUUGGCAUUUGGCUCCAAAUCACUCGUAAGAUGCUCCCACUUUCCAGAAGUGUUGCCUUUUGUAAAGCUUGAAAUUCAACAAUGAAGAGGGAAUUCUUCCAUCAACUAACGAUUUCCAUGAGACAAUUAACUGACUGAGGUGGUAUAAUGACCAGCUUUUCUGAUGGUGUGCCCUGUUCAUGUUGUGGUCCAGUAAUGUCACCCCUGAAUGAAGCUGGACACUACUGCUGUACACAUUUGACUGCAUCAGGCAGUUGGCUGGACAAUCGGUUGGACUGACAAAUAAUCAGGUCAUAGUCGCACAAUCCAAAACAGAUUUCCACGUGACCACAGUGGGCUGCUUUGGCUUGGCAAGAUGUAUUCUCUCAACUAUGUUUUUCAAUCACUCCAACACAAUGUAAUGAAGAAUGCACUUUGCAAGUUUACAGGUUGCUCAGGUAUGUUGUGUAUGUCUCUCGGGAGGGAUGCCUGUACCAGCUUUGUCCUAAGUUAAACAACUUCAAUGUUGGGCGUUUUCAAAGGAAAGUGUAUAUUUUAUCAAUAUAAUUUUUUGCAAUAUUUUAUUAUCCCCCUUGUGCUCUCGCAAACAUGUAUGUUACUCUUGAGUUGUAACCAAUAAAGAUUGUAUAAAGACUGUACGAAAAAUAA